CAUCCCCUCAUAUUUUUUUUCAUCACACUAAUAUUACCAUAUCCUCAACAAAUUUCUCUACCAAUGUAAUUCACAUGCAUUAUUAUUAUUAUAUACAAAUUAAAUUGCUUCUAGCUAUAAUAAGCUAUAUUAUAUGGCAAAAUUCAGAAAAUCAAUCACUCCUUUUCUCAACAUAUCCUUCUUAUUCCUCCUAGUAUUCCUUGUAAUAAAACCUUCAAACAUUCAUUACAAUUCCAAAAGUGCCCCAGCCAUCAAGAACAGAAGAUUCAACCAUGCAAGGCUACUAAGUAGUGACAUGAGUGUGGAAGGCUGCACAGACCUGCAUAAAUUCUCCGAUGACGCCGCGAAAUGCUACUACGUCCAAACCCACGAAGAUUGCAGAUCAAAGGGUUACAUAAACUACCUUCAAAUCUUCUAUUGCAGCCUGGGAAACUCCCCUGUUCUCGGCCACACACUACUAAUCAUGUGGCUCUCGGUGCUCUUCUACCUGCUCGGCGACACGGCUUCCAACUACUUCUGCAACAAUUUGGAAGGGUUGUCGAAAAUCUUAAGACUAUCACCAACCAUUGCAGGGGUCACCCUUCUCUCGCUAGGGAACGGUGCCCCCGAUUUCUUCGCCAGCGUCGUCUCCUUCACCAAAACAAGCGAUGGUGCUGUUGGUCUCAACAGCAUUCUUGGUGGUGCUUUCUUUGUCUCAAGUGCUGUUAUGGGAAUCAUAAGCAUUCUUGUGAGCACAAAAGAGGUUGCGAUUGAUAAAGCAAGUUUCAUUAGAGAUGUUAUUUUCUUCCUUUUCUCACUCUUUGUCCUCUUAAUCAUCAUCUCCAUUGGGAAACUCUCCCUGUUGGGCUCAAUCUGCUAUGUUUCUAUAUAUUUUCUUUAUGUUUGUGCUGUUUCUGCCACACAUUUUAUCUAUGGAGAUGAUAAACAAGAAGCUGGAGAAUUUGCGGUUGUGUCCUCAUCGGAUGAAUCGCUUGAAUCUGGGAUUCCGUUGUUGGGUUAUGUUGAUGAUGAAAAACCAAACCACUUAGAGAAAGUUGUUGAAGAAACCAAUCAUGAAGAGCAACGACCAACUUUUGAUAUUUUGAAACAUGCGGAGAAUAGGAUAUUUGAUUGGAAUAACUUGGGGAAGUUUCUACAAAUUGUAGAGUUGCCACUUUCUCUACCAAGAAGGCUUACAAUUCCAGUUGUGAAUGAUGAGAAGUGGUCCAAGCCAUAUGCAGUUAUAUCGGUGACGCUGGCACCAGUUUUGUUGGCAACAGUUUACAACACCCAAAAGGAGAAUGUGAGUUCAAGGAGCAGCUUAGUUACCUAUUUAACCUCUUCAUUAGUUGGAAUAAUUUUAGGUAACAUGGCAUGUGUGACCACAAAGAGUUGUAGCCCACCAAGGAGAUGCUUGUUCCCUUGGUUAUCUGGUGGAUUUGUAAUGAGUGUAACUUGGACUUAUCUAAUUGCUGAGGAGCUUGUUUCACUAUUGGUCUCAAUUGGCAACAUAAUUGGGGUUAGCCCUUCAAUUUUAGGGUUAACUGUCCUAGCUUGGGGUAAUUCCCUAGGUGAUUUGAUAGCAAAUGGUGCCAUGGCUAUGAAUGGUGGGCCAGAUGGGGCCCAAAUGGCUAUUUCUGGAUGCUAUGCUGGGCCUAUGUUUAAUACCUUAAUGGGCUUGGGCUUGCCCCUUGUUCUCUCAGCAUUGAAUGAUUACCCUGAUCCUUAUGUUAUUCCUAAGGAUACUUCAUUGUAUCAAACAAUACUGUUCUUGAUGGGAGGGGUUCUUUGGGCCCUUGUGAUUUUGCCAAAGAAGAACAUGAAGCUUGAUAAAUCCUUGGGGGUAGGACUUGUGACUAUAUACCUUUGCUUCUUGUUUAUAAGGAUGGCCAUGGCUAUUGGCGACUUGGCGUAGUGUAAUUCUUGUUUCUAAGGGGAAUUUGGGGGUCCAUUAUUGUGGUCCAUUUAAUGGGAACUCACACUUGUUUUUUCUGUCAUACAUUUCACAAUCACAACGCCCACUUGUAAAAACUGAAUAAUUACUAUUUCUAGAGAUAUAUUAUAGUUUUACAAUAGCAACCAGGUAUUUUUCUAUGAAAAAAGAAAUCCUGUUGUAAGAGUAUUUCUUUUUCUUUUUUAAAUUCAAU